UCUUCCUUUUUUAUUUAGGUUAAAAGCAUGUUUUUCUAAAAACUCCUUGUGGGUCUCCACUUUGGACAGUAUCUACUACUGCCUGUGGGUGUCCGGCUUCCCUUGACUCCACUCCCCAUCCCCCCAUCUCCCUCCUCCCCAGUCUCUCACACACAGAUGCAGCUCAGUGAGAGAGUCAGUUCCAACUCUGUCCUGCUGAUCAUCUGACUGGCCACACAGACUGAGCCCUGUCAUCUGCAUAAGGCCACCCUGAAAAUAACUGCAGGGAGAUCAACCCCUGGGGUCCCUUUGAGGGUUGUACAGCACUUGCUAAAGUACAAUUUGGUGCUGGGUCAAGAGGAAGCUACCUGUUUUUAUGGAGUUAAGAGCUAGAAGAUCUUCACUUAGAAGUUGGUUUCAUCCUGCAAGUCACGAAUGUCUUAAGCUGCUGUAAAUGACUAAAUCCUUUUCCCAAAGUUGAUUGGGAAAUAUCUUAGUAGCAGAGAAUUGAUUCCAAGAAACCAUCUGAAGUGACAUUAUCAGGAGGCCCCGCCUGCUUGAGUCAUCGAGUCCUGUGUUUGACCUGUGGCUCUGCACAGCCAGCACCAGAGCCUCGCUGGGCUGAGGAGUGGAAGGUCCUCUGCUGUCCUGAGAUCACAAGUGUCGUAUGUAUUCGAAAUUUCAUCAUGGGAAACAACUGUUACAACUUGGUGGUAACCGUGCUGUUAGUUGUGAGUAUUGAAGGAGUGAGAACCCAGGAGGAUCCCUGUGAAAAGUGUGAGGCUGGUACUUUCUGUAAGAAAAACAACAGAGCUUGUGCUCCCUGUCCUUCGAGCACUUACUCCAGCACAGGUGGACAACGGUACUGUAACCACUGCACUAAGUGUGAAGGUAAUUUCAGGGUCAAGAAGCCUUGCUCCCGCACCAGCAAUGCGGAGUGCGACUGUAUCCCUGGAUACCACUGCCUGGGGGCAAAUUGCAGCAGGUGCGAAGAAGAUUGCAAGGAAGGCCAAGAAUUAACAAAAGAUGGUUGUAAAGACUGUCCCUUUGGAACAUUUAAUAACCUGGAAGGUGGUGGCAGCUGUGGACCCUGGACAAACUGUUCUCUAGACGGAAAGUCUGUGCACAGGAAUGGGACCAAGAACAGCGAUGUGGUCUGUGGACCUACCUCUGCAGGUGGACGUAUCUUCUCUCCAGAAGGGCACUCCCCACAGGUCCUCACCAUCCUCCUGGCGUUGACAUUAGCCACGUUGCUGUUCCUGCUCCUCUUUGUCAUUCUCCGGCUUUCCAUGGUCAAAUGGAGCAGAAAGAAAUUCCUGAAUAUAUUCAAGCAACCUUUUAAGACACCGAUGGCUCAAGAGGAAGAUGCCUGUAGCUGCCGAUUUCCAGAAGAAGAAGAAGGAGGCAGCCUGUGAACUGUAACGUGCUGUCCUAGGAGCUGUGGGGAUGCUGGGCAAAGCAAAGGAGAAACACUAGCAACCCAUCGUCCUGCCCUGCUCCGACGCCGUCCUGGACAACCCCCAGGAUGCACCCUGUUCAUUUGUUUUCUAACAUGAAUGUGUUUGUCUUUAAAAAUUCACGCACGCACGCACUCAC